CAUUGCAGACAGGAAGAUGGGAUCACACAGGAACAACAGGUGAACAACACACCUACACUGAACAACGGAUGAGUGGAACUUGGUGCAUCAAAGCAUGUCUGCUAUCAUUCCUGUGUGUGUGUGGAUUUACAUCAGACGUCACUGGGGGCCACAUUGGUUCCUGACCUCCAUCUUAUUGGCCACAGCCCUGCUCCUCCCUGCUCUGAGCGCGGACACCCUGGUCUGUCACUACUGUCCCCUGCAGCACAAGGACAAAUCCUGCGGAAACAUCACCAGCCAGUGUCUGCCCGGUCAGCGCUGCUCCAGCUCCACGGCCCGCUACGGCGCCGUCCACGUGCUCUCCGCUCAGGGCUGCCUGGACGGUGACCUCUGUGGCUCCCAUGAGCUCAUGUCUCACAGGGGGGUCAAGUACAACGUCAGCCACUCCUGCUGCUGCAUGGACGAAUGCAACGGGCCGCCAAGGUCUGACGCCGGCCUGAAGAGGCUGCUGGGGAUAAUGAAGAACAAAGCACACAACGGAAACAUCACUGAUGUUCUCAGGGAGCUGGCCUGGGACUCGUGUGCAAAUUACACAUCAUUAAGAAACAACAUACCUGACACUGCAUAACAAGGAGGCUGCACAGGAGAGGCCUGUUGGUCACAAGCUCUCAACUGAGUCUCUGAUGGGAACAUGUGGUCACAUGUGUUCUUUAAAAAAUUAACAUCUGUGUUUUGUGUCUUUACCUUUUUUACUCCAGAGAGAAAAGGGUGGAUUUGUCAGCCAUCCUCCUGAUCUAAUCCCAAAAAACACAUCCACCCUUAAAAAAAAUAUAUAUAUAUGAAGAAAUGCUGACAUUAUCUGUGUGGUUACUGAUGAAUGCAGCUCAAUAAAAUCAAACAAUGAUUCA